GCUUCGCUGGAGAACAUCGGCCGAUGCGUUGGGCCGAUGCGCUGGGCUGAUGCUGCCGAACGCGCGGAACCGCACAGUGAAAUAAAUCAUGCUGGCAGCAGACAAGCUGGAACUUACCAGCUUGAUCAAGAAGAAUGCCACUGCAUUGAAGGGCAAGGAGCUGGAGCUGAACCAGAGUAACUUCGAAGCUGUGGGAACCCAAGCAGCUGUUCUAGCAGGCUUUGCCGUGUGCAUGCUCGCCAAGAUUGAUGUUCCAGAUUCCAUCAAUCCAGUCCUAAUGGCCCUCUAUUAUGCAUUCGCAGUGGUGAAUCUCAUGGGAAAUUUGGCUUGCGUCUCAGUUGUGGCCUCCGUGAACAUUUUGGGCACCAGCCUGGGUCUACGAGGACCCGACGGCUCCAUGAGACAAGCAGCGGACGGCAUGCAUCAGCAGCCGCUCGGAACCGGGAGAAGCCGACAACGGAAGGCCGUGCAGCCAGGGUGGAGCAGAGCCAUUCUCUCGCUUCGGUGUUGGAUUGGCCGAGUUUGAUGGUCCAAAUGCGCGUGAGAGAGCAUCGACCAUGCCUCGCAGGCUGUGAUCACCCUCGCUUGGAUCAAGAUGCAGCCUUUCGCAGCACUGGCAUGCUCUGCCAUCCUUUUCUGGGGUUUGGUCUCAGGAGCAAAAGGCGCCUUGCAAAUGAAGAUUGCCUUCAGAUAUCGCGAUCAUGAAGCAGUCAAAGUGGAUGACAUGCUCAGCUCGGACACCGUGGGCACCGAAGCCUUUGUGAAGCAGCUGGGUGUCGAUUGUGAUACGCUGGCUCAGCUUUUGGUCAACAUUCGCCAGCGGCGUCAUGAUGCCAAGCUGCCCCCCGGUUUGAGCUUACCUUUCUGGAAUUGGCCAUGGGCCAAGCGGGCCAUGGUCCAUUUUCCCAACCGUUGGUCUGGAC